CUUCACGUUGUGGUCUCACGAAUGUCCGGCUCACUAGUUUUUGAAUCAAAAGGUGCAUCCAAAACUCGAGACAGCGUAUUCAUUUUUCAUCAUACUACAAUAUUUUAGCUUGCGAUGGCUUCUUUCAUAGAGACUCUCCUGGUUGGCAGUUCGCUUUUCCGGGCUUUAGCCGUUUUCUGCCUUCCCACUUUCAUAUUUCUUGUCGUUUUCUUUUACCGGAAUGAUCCAACAAGAGCUUUAUAUCCUACAUUGAAUGACCGGGGCCCAUUUGAGUUCUCCGACGUGCGCUCGAAGAAGAAUUUCGUUCUCAGAGGCCGUCAACUACUCCGUGAGGGCCUCGACAAGUUUGGUGGCAGGCCGUUCAGAAUCCUUACUGAUCAUGGUCCUACCGUAAUAUUGCCCCCUUCGUAUAUACAGGAGCUCCGCAACCUCGACAAUCUUAGUCACGUUCGGGCUAUUGCUCAAAUUGUCGAUGCCAAGGCUCCAGGUUUUGAGGCAUUCUACGAGCUGGCCUACGGGGGGAAUAUAAUUCAGGACGUCGUCAAAGCAAAGAUCACACCAGCACUGAAUUUCGUAUCGGCACCGCUCUCUGUUGAGACGUCUAUGACUCUCGAGCAUUAUUUCACCAACAAGAAAGAAUGGCAUGCUAUCCCUUUACAUUCGGUUCUCCUCCAGGCUGUAGCCCGCGUAUCUUCCCGCCUAUUCCUCGGCGACGAGCUCUGUCGCGAUCCAGAUUGGCUUCGCAUCACUACCACAUAUACCCACCAUAUAACGAAGGCGGCACUCGAACUAAAGCGUUGGCCGGCGUUCUUACGGCCAGUUGUCAUUCGAAUUCUCCCGCAUGGCCGCGCACUGAUCGGUCUGGUCCACGAAGCUGAAAGAGUGAUGGGAGACGUACUCCAGAAGCGUCAGGCGCUUAAGGCUGUCGGAGAAUCGCCCGAGUAUACGGAUUCCAUCGAGUGGUUCGAUCAGGUCGCCAACAGCCGCAGGUAUAAUCCUGUUCAUGUGCAGCUGACCUUAUCUUUUGUUGCCAUUCACACAACCGCCGAUUUGCUUACUCAAGUCAUGUUUGACCUUGCCCAGCAUCCCGAGUACAUUGAGCCUCUGCGGCAAGAAGCUAUCAAAGUUCUUGGAGAGCAAGGAUGGAGGAAGCAAUCCCUGUAUAAUCUUAAGUUAAUGGAUAGUGUCUUGAAAGAAGUUCAGAGACUGAGGCCGAUCAACGAUACGUCUCUCCAACGACUAGCUUUGAAGGAUGUUACGCUUGCGGACGGCAUGAAGCUUCCUCGCGGCACUCUGCUAGCCGUUGCCUCAACACGCCACUGGGACCCUAAGGUCUACCAUGAGCCCGAAAGGUUUGACGGAUAUCGUUUUUACAAACUUCGAGAGGAAAAGGGCAGAGAAAAUACUUCACAGUUUGUCUCGACCAGCCAGGACCAUCUUGGUUUCGGACACGGUGAGCAUGCGUGCCCCGGCCGCUUCUUUGCCUCCAACGAGAUUAAGAUCAUAUUGUGUCAUAUUCUCUUGAAGUACGACUGGAGGUUGAUCAAAGGUGAAGAGCCAGAGAUCAUCGUCCAUGGUUUCAAUUUGAUUGCGGAUCCCAAGACAAGGCUCGAGAUCCGCAGACGAGAGGAAGAAAUGAUUAUUGACAAUCUGUAAAGGGAUGAACGCUCUGGUGCCUCUAGCCCUAGUAGUGAAGACAACUGUAUACAUGAAAAGGACUUGGACUACGACCUCGUCGCCCAGCUCAGGCCGGAGGAACCACAUAAGAAGCUAAGACGGGC